AUGGCCGGCACCACCGUGAACGACCUUGUUGAUGGUGAGCCACUGGUCAUCGCGGCCUUCCGGGCCACCUUGAAGGCCUACGACGGAACGGAGGUCGAGUUCGCGAAAGCUAACGAAGUACGUGGCUACGAGAAGAAGGAAGCCUUAAAGCUGCUCAUGAGCUCCACAAGAGGUGUGGAAAGUGAAGCGAUCGACCAAGCUGAGGUUGACCUGGUCUAUAAGACCUUCGAAGCAGAGCUGGAGAAGCUCAGCUGUCGUAUCAACAGCGAGAUUGAGGGAACCUCCUCUCUUUUCCAGGAGCUGAGAGGACGGGGCAUCAAGGUUUGUGUGGGUUCAGGAUUCCCCGAGCAUGUUGUGGAAAGCAUUGUGAAGAACUUGGGCUGGUCUGUGGACGGCUUCUUCUCCUCGGCCAAUCUGGGGGCUGGCAGGCCCGACCCCAUCAUGAUCCACGCAGCCAUGAAGAGCUGUGGAGUGGAGAGCCCGGAGAGGGUGGUGAAGAUUGGCGACACGAAAGUUGACGUCGAGGAGGGCAAGAAUGCCAAGGCCUGGACAGUUUCGGUGCUCACCGGCACGCAACCUCGCGAGAAGCUGGAGGCAGCUGGGCCCGACUUUAUCAUUGAGUCUGUAGCAGAGCUGACCAACUUGUUGAAGCAUUUGGCCAAAGGAUUUGCGAAGCUACAGGAGAUGCUGUGGCAGAAGCGCAGCCGAACUCACUCGCCCUCUCAACUCUAUGGUACGCUGUCUAAGUUUGCAAGACAUUUGUUUCGCGACUCAGACCAACAAGAUGCACAGGAGCUUCUUGCAUACCUGCUGGACGGGUUGCAUGAAGAUCUCAAUCUCGUCCAGGUAGAGCGCAAGGACCAUCGCAAGAAGGAGUCGGAACCCAAAGUGGAUUCAGAUGAAGAAGACGAGCGGAUGGCUCAGCUCGAGCGAGAGAAGGGCGAAGAGUACGUCGCUGCCCUGACUUGGAUGAAGCAUUUGAUGCGGCAUAAGUCUGUUCUUGUGGAUCUUUUCCAGGGUCAGCUCCGUUCACGUCUCACUUGCAACACCUGUGGCCACCAGUCGAAGACCUUCGACCCGUACCUGUACAUUGCCUUGCCCGUGCACUAUGGCAUGAACAGCCUGCAGGAUGCACUUUUGCACUUCCUGAAGGAAGAGCAUCUAACCGGGGACGAGAGAUGGAGGUGUCCCAAAUGCAAAAAGAGAGUCGAUUCCGUGAAGAAGAUCGACCUGUGGAAGCUUCCACCAGUCCUUCUUGUCCACUUAAAACGCUUCGAGUUCGACACGUCGACGUGCCGCUUUAAGAAGAUCAACGUCAGGCUGAGGACGCCCCUAAGCAUCGACCUAUCGAGCUAUGUGAGCUCGCAGCAGAAGGGGUCGCUCGUCUACGAUGUGAUUGCAGUGGCCAACCACAUAGGGCAUGCAGGCCGUGGUCACUACACAGCCAUCUGCAGGCAUCACUUGCACAAUCGUUUCUACCACUUCAAUGACACAGACGUUCACGAGGUGAGAGCGGAUGACAACGAGGUCAUUACCCGAGAGGCCUAUUUGCUGUUUCUGAUGAGACGCGAUAUUUCGGAUUGGGAAGCUCAAUCCAUUUCGCGCCCAGAGGCGUGGCCGCACUAUGUCUCACGUCAGAACUCGGCAAUGAUGCCCGCGAUCUGGGAAGCAGUCGGCCGAAAGCCACAACAGCCAGCUCCACAUGCUCCGGCGCCCGCUGUGGUGCUUCCAGAGCAACCCAACGAGGAGCCAGGACCGCCGGGGGAGCCGGAUUUGUCUGACAGACACGGCAGCAGAGGCGGCCCCUGCAAUGUGGGCAGCUACUUUGCGUGUCACAACUUAGCAUAG